AGCCUCACUUGCAUUCUUUCAUCUUUGUACGGCUGUACUCGCUACUCAGGACUCAGGAGUCAGAGCGAUGUGCCUUGAGAAGUUGAGACUUGAGAUCCGCCCAACCAAAGGCCUUUAUAAAAACUGCUACUGCAUCUUCGUAUAACUACUAAUUACUCUGGCAUAACGAGGUUUGAAGUUGCUUUAAACAGCAAAUCCAAGAUUUCCUAAUUUACCUGAAGCUUUUACUACACCGAGCAGCAAUCAUGUCAAGCAGUGAUUACGAGUCAGACACUCCUGUGGCAGUUCCCUUGAAAGCAGCUAGAAAUGAAAUACUAAAUGAUGCCAAAGACAAAGAAAGAUCCAUUUCUCUUGAGAAAAAGAGGAAAAAAAAUUCCAUUAAAGAGAUAAGAGCGCGCAGACAUGAGAGAAAUAUUCAACAAAAGAAAGUCAAGACUACACAAGAUAAUAAGAUGAAGGCCAUGCUGCUCGACACCAACUUACUGCAGAGUGCCAAGGCUUUGAAGACAAAGAUAGACGAGGAGGAAAUUGAUGAAGAUAAAGAAAUGGAUACAGAAUUCAACACAACAGCUGAAGAACACAGAAGUAAUCAAGAUUUGAGUAGUGGUGCCAGUGACAAUGAAUCUGACAGUGAACCAGUUGAUUAUUUCCAUAAAGAUCCUGGAGUGCACGUGGUGAGCGCAACAGAAUCUACAGACUAUUUCCUGAAGAAGGCCCUGCAGUGGAAGCAGGAGAUGCUCUAUGGACCUUCCAUAAACAGGAUGACAUAUGCUGAAUACAAGUCCAUGAAGGAGAAGAAGGAAGCUGAAAACACUCGACCCAAACUCGAAAAAAGAACUCGUCUAAGAUAAAUGCUCUGGCUUUUCA